UGGGGUAGAGCGGGCUCAGGGCUAGUUCGAAAAGAGAGGUGCUUCGGCGCAGGCUAGACCUUGACCUACGGGGAGGUUUUCGCGCCGGCGUCGCUGACGUCCUCUCAUACCUUCAUAUACAUAUUCACAGCACUAAUACACCACAGCUGCUUUUGCGUACACCCUACCCAAUGUGUUUCGCCACAAUACCCCUCUCCGGUACCGUUACUCAUCCGAACUCCUGGUUGCGUACCACGCGCAAAGUAUCAGAACCACCCAACGGCUCGACUCUGAGUCUGCCAGGGGUAGAUUGGGAAAACCUCGGUAACGGUUCUCGCUGACGCGUCUCCAUCCCCUUCAGUAUACGCGAACCACCCUAGCGAGGACAGACGAUUCCGCUGUAGUCUCUCCCUUCGUCCUCGAGUAGUCGAGAAAAUCUCCAAAAAAGAGAACUACCAUGCAUCCGACAUCAAAAGCAUGCAGAAACCAUUGAGAGAGCUGGGCCGUCUAUGCCUGGGUACUAGCGGGCAAAACACAACGGAGCUGUGCUCGGAGGCACGUGGUGCACUGCCACUUCUUCAGGUAUGGCCCAGUGAAUCGCCAAGAGGAGAGGCCGAUGGUCAGGCUCAGGCAUUUGUCUUCCCCGAUGCCCAGGAAAGCGUCAACGACAGCGGUAUCGAAUCUAUUCAGGCGUCGCCGUCGCCAUGCGGCGUGGUCUGCAGCAGCUCAACAAAUACGCCUCUGCAGUCACGCAGACCUAGUCUACUUCAUCCGGAUCAUGCCCGGUUACAUCUUCAUCAUCUUCAUUAUCACCAUGUUAUUGCUGGUUCGAAAAGUCCACCCUCACCGGAUAGAACUUCCAUCGACGAGGAUCCACCUCCAGGACCACCUAGCCCUUCUAGCUCGACUACCAGCAGUCUUCGUUCUAUGCCGAGCUCCGCCAUGGCCUCCGUGCAUUCUCAGGAUAGAAGACGAAGUAGCAGGUACAGUGUCUUCGACGCCCUGGACUUGGAAUACGCUCUUCUUCGUGCCGCGGCACGUGGUUCGGUCGGACCUUACUCCAUGUCGGAGUCCUUGCACAAGCUAACCUUCACUCAGAGUCUGGCCUUUCCCGCCUUGGCGCGUGGCUUAGCAUCCAAACAAAGCGUGCCAACUCAACGACCUCAGCAACACUCAGAAAGCGGAAUGAACGCCUUCGCCAAGGUGGUUACCGCCCUUGUAUUAAUGUUAGUCAGCGUACUGGUAUUCGGUGUUGUGUAUAAGUUUGUGAGGACGUGAGGGUGGCUGCUGGUACCUGGCCACCAUACAGAAGCUUCACAGGAGUUUCACCGUGCCGAUAACCUGGGUCAGGAUGCCAGCGAUCCCUCCGAAGACGAUGCGUGAUCGCGACGCAAAGCGUCACUGUUAGGACGCUACGUGGUUCAUGAAUUAGAAUCUUAUAUAUAUCUGUAAUUAUUUCAGGGAGCGAUCGUAACGAUAUAUAUACAUAUAUGACGUUCAGAUAAGGAAAUUAAGGCUUAGGUAGAUCGUUUAUCAAUUAACUAUUCAUUAAGUGAUAAUCAACCAUUUUUUCCCAUCUACAUACACGCAUAUAUAUAUAUAUAUUUCACGGACCGGAUGUGGCUGCCAUAUCUGAAAAUUCCGGAAGUCACAUUCGCGCCACUAUGACUUAUACAAGUGCUUUAUUCUUCUCGAUGACAAUCGCUAAAAGCGUCCAUUGGAUAAUGAUAUUUUGUAAACAAUGAAAAUCGGCAAAUUUAUUGUCGAUAGGCUAGAUUAUAUAUUAAAAAAAAAAUUAAAAACUAUUAUAUCCUUGAUAUAUCAAACGUGCGCGUAUUAACGCGCGAUCCGUUGAAUUUUUCGAGAUUUCGCCGAAAAUCCAUUGGUUCGAUUAGACGAGAGUGAAAGUGUUAAGAAAAAAAAAGUCUAGAUGAAUUCACAAAUUCGAUAUUUCCUCAAAGGAAGUUAAUCUCGUCGUACAAGGACUACGUCUGUCCUGCACCUCGAUAUAUCGCGUACUUCAUACAUAUGUACCUACAUAUUGCUAUUUACGUAUAAUAAUAACAAUAAGUAAAAUUAUAGCUAUGACCUUGACGUUGCGCUUUUUUUAAAAAAAAAAGAAGCAACGAAUUUCUAUUAUAAUCAUAUAAAUUGUAUACACAACAAUUGUCGAUGUGCGCAACAAUGAUAUAAUCAAUGAUCGCAAACCCUUUAUCACGUUCUGUAUACUGUCUUAUUCAAGAGAAAGAAAGAUAUAAGAAAGAAGAUAUAUGUAUAUAUACUUUUGCGAUAUCAUCCGUUGGUUUUGACAAUAAUAAUAAAGUUCAUUUACUUGUGUCAAAAACGUUUAAGCCGUACCGUACCGAUUAC